AUGCCCCCUCACCAGGCCGCCGACCUUGAGGAGGCUCUCAAGAAAAAGGGCGGCCUCACCCUGUCUCAGCUGGCCAACUACGACGACAUCAUAACCGACGCACUUGUCGACCGAGUAUGACUUCCUCCGCCUCGUGCGCACCCGCCUUUCGGUUUCAGUUGGCUGACAUUGUCUUACACAGGUAUAUUUUUGGUCGACGAUCCGCAAGCUGAAGACCAACUACCACCCCUGCCGAGGUGUCCAAGAACAACACGUCGUCGACUUACUACAGAAGCAUGUAAUCAUAAAUAAAGAUCCUGGGACGGCGCAGGAGAAGCUGCUGCAGCUGGCUGGUCUCCAAAAGUACCACAGGUCUCUCAAGACGACGGAUGAAAAGGAACACUUUGUACGGCAUCUGCGCAAAUACAUCAACAUGUAUCUUCCCGAUUGCCCAUUCGAGGUUGUCACGACCAACCGCUACACUAUCGAGACGGCCGAGGCUGCCGCGGUUGCCCGCAAGCGAAUCCGCAAAGGCGAGCCGAUCAAAUAUUUGCUUGGAAUUCAAGUGGAGAUGACGGAGAAAGAAGAGGAGGAAUUGACCGAGCGCACGGCUUUCAGUGUUGUCGUUUCGAGCCGCAGAAAGCGGCCGUCGCUUUUCCUAGGCCCAGCACGCUUUGCGAACCACGACUGUGAAUCCAAUGCCAGUCUUAAUACUACUGGUCCCCACGGCAUUCACAUCGUCGCGCGCAGAGAUAUCGCGGUGGGCGAGGAGAUUACGGUCACAUACGGCGUAAACUACUUCGGUGAGGGUAACUGCGAAUGUUUGUGCGCCACCUGUGAGCGGUAUCUGCGCAAUGGGUGGGAUCCAAGAGGGCCAAUCGUGCACGACAGCGACAGCAGCGAUGAAGAGUCCCAAGAGGAGGGGACGUCCAAGCCGACGACACCAGCACCUGCGCCGGAUCGAACCACACUGGGCAAGAGAAAGCGUGGAGAAACCACCUCUGCGCCUGACAAGCGCCCAAUCGGGAGACCUAGGAAGCAUUUGCGACCUGAGGAGAGCGAAGAUGAUGAUUCUGACGAUGAAGAUGGCCAGCGAGGAUACGGUGGUCGGUUCAUGAAGAAGACGCAAGAGCGCCGACCAUUUGCGGAUUUACGAAUGCCUUCUCAACCGGCUGCCGCGCAGGCGACGUUGAGCAAUGGAGGCUCAUUUGCCCGCAUGAGUCUUCCACGCACAUUUACCACUUCCGAAGAGCGCCGCGAUCCUAUUCUGGACAAGAUCUUGCGCAUGUUGGGAAGUGUCGCCGAUCGGAGAGACCGGCAGAUGCGGACCUGGGAAGCAGGUCUGGGCUCAUCGCAAUCCGCUACGCCAGCAGCUCCCAUCAUUCGAACAGAACCAGAUCUUGAUGUGCGAAUGAGCGACGCGCCAGCGAUUGAGGAUCAGCUUGAAUCGGGAGACGAAGAUGACGGUCAACUGAUGCGCAACAACAGGUUGGUGGUGCGAGGUGCGCGGGGACGUUUUGCUCAAAAGAAGACCUCUCGUGCCGACAGCGAAAGAGUCGAGAAGACUCGGCGCGAUGUUGAGAUUGUGGAAGUGUCAUCGAAGUCCAAGCUACCAUCUAUCAAGAAGCAUCGCAGCUUUUCGAGCCUUCGCAAUGUUGUCAACGCAGAGGACUCCCAGUCAGAUCCAUACAGCAUCCGACCUUCACCAGCACCUGCGGCAGAGUCGAGCAAGAGGGGCAGAGGACGGCCCAGAAAAUACCCACAGCUCGACGACGUGACGGACUCUGCCGACAUCAGCUCGCCAUCGUCCAUGGGCACGGAUCAUUCUUCAGCUGCAUCGCAAGCAUCCAGCGCGACCUCUCUAGACACCUUUGGGAACGGUAACAUCGCUCAGGGUAUCUGUGACAUGUUGACAAAUGGACAAGACGAUGAGAAGGAGGAAGUCGAGGAGGAAGUUGUUGAAAAGGUCGAAACCAGAGCCACCCGCACUCGCAGCGCCAUACGACAGCAGAAGACCACCGAACAGACUCAAUUCUUGUCGCCGGAAAAAGCUGAGAAUGCGAAGGAAGUGCUGCGCAAGAGUCCACGUUCUAUGUUGGCGGAGUUGGAGGGAGGUCCCGUUCGAAGCAUCGAGAAGGGGGCGGCCGACAGCGAGGAUGAGGAGGAUGUCAAGCGAGGCACUCCCCGCAAGCCCGGCGACUAUCAUCUUUGCGAGGCGUUGCUAUGCACGCAGUAUCACCGCUGGGUCGAAUGUCGCAACUGCGAUCAGUUCUUCGUGCAAGGCGACGCGUACCACACCCGCAUCGCCUGUCCACGCUGCGAGCGGCACAGCAAGCUGUAUGGCUACUACUGGCCCAAGACGGACAAAGAGGGCAAGCAUGACAAGGAAGAGCGGGUGCUUGAUCAUCGCACCAUCCACCGGUUUAUCGACCCGGAAGAGGAGCGGAUGGAGCGCAAGGGCCGUAAGGCGCUUGCUGAUGUGUUACGAGAGAAGGAGAAGGGCAUGAGCGAGCGGCAGGAGAGCGAGGAGUCGGACAGCGUUCCGAACGGGAUGAGUCGACGUUUCCGCAACAGCCCUCGACGCAGUGAGAGUCGGCGGAUGAGACCGAGAAUUACGAUGUGA